CAGUUUCAGUUCGUCUAUAAGUUUUACAGAUACGUACACAGAAUCUGUCUACAAACAUUUUUGAUAGACUGCCUUGAUUUUAGGAUGAAUUCCUUUGUACUCACCGCAGCACUGUUAAUAUUAUGGGGAUGUGCCAGUGUCUCUGCCGCUCCGAAACCGAAACCAGGAGCUGGUAAACCGGCGAAAGCACGGUCCGCCUACGCGCGGAGUGAAUCAAAUGCCACCGAGCCUUCUGGAUCCGACAAACAUGACCCAGCUGCAAAACCAGAUGACAAUGCGAUGAAUAUCCCGCCGAUUCCCCCAUUUCCCGCCGACAACGACGUCCAGACCUUCCAGGACAGCGCAAUCAGCAGUGUAUCGUCCAUACAAGACUCUCUGGUGUCCUUUAUCGGCGAAAUUUUCUCCAUUGUCAAGAGCGUCUUCCAGACCACCACGGUCAAAGGUGCAGGUUUGAUUCAGGAAUCCAUUAACCAGACCAAUGCAGUUAACAGCAGAAUUAAUGCACUGACAAAGGACCUCACUGACGCUGGGAAUAAAGCGGUCGCUAAAGCGUCCAAAUUUGGGGAGGAUAUUGGCAGCGCUGUUUCUGGUGAGAAGCACGAAAAGCCGGCCGGCAAGCCAGAAAAGCCGAAAGGGAAAAAACCCUGAAUUCCAACUGUCAUCAACGGAACACUUUUUUAGGCUACACUUGGAUUGAGCAGAAUUCAAUGUGUCACCUGACAAAGCACAAGGUUAUUAUACAACUUUUUUGCAUAAUAAUAUGAAACAGUGUGUUCUUUCACCUUUCCGUUGUGCAUAAAAUACACCCAGCUAAGUAUUUUAAUAAAACGACGAAAAGAAAGUGAUUCAAUUAAUUCGAGUGGAAUUG